CCAGCAGCUGCCGCGCGGCGGAGGCGGUACCUGCAGGCGCUCGCCGCGGCGGAACGCUCUGGCACGCCGUCCCUGCUUCACCAUGUCGCGACAAAGCACCCUGUACAGCUUCUUCUCCAAGUCCCCGGCGCUCAGGGACACCAAGAAGGCCGCGGCCGGAGCCUCCCGCGAAGGCGCCGCCGUCCCCGGGGCCUCCGCUUCCCGCGGCGGGGAUGCGGCCUGGAGCGAGGCUAGAUCCGAGUCCCGGCCCGCGGCGGUGUCCGCCUCGUCGCCCGAGGCGAAGAGCCUCAACGGGAGGCUGCGGAGCUCGGCCGCGCCGGCCGCUCCGGACAGCAACAGUUCUUGUGACUUCUCACCAGGCGAUUUGGUUUGGGCUAAGAUGGAAGGUUACCCUUGGUGGCCUUGCCUGGUUUAUAAUCAUCCCUUUGAUGGAACAUUCAUCCGGAAGAAAGGGAAAUCGGUCCGUGUUCAUGUCCAGUUUUUUGAUGACAGUCCAACCAGGGGCUGGGUUAGCAAAAGGCUGUUAAAGCCAUAUACAGGUUCAAAGUCCAAGGAAGCCCAAAAGGGAGGUCAUUUCUACAGUUCAAAGUCUGAAAUACUCAGAGCAAUGCAACGCGCAGAUGAAGCCUUAACUAAAGACAAGGUCAAGAGGCUUGAGUUGGCAGUUUGUGAUGAGCCUUCAGAGCCGGAGGAGGAUGAAGAGACAGAGGCGCCUGCAGCCUCUGUGUCUGACACGAGUGAAAAAGACCAGAGUGACAGUGAAGAGGAGCCGCAGCCUAAGACGCAGGGGCCUCGUAGGAGCAGCCGGCAGGUCAAGAAGCGAAGGGUCAUAUCUGACUCGGAGAGUGACGCUGAUGGCUCGGACGUAGAGUUCAAGCCGGACACGAAGCAUGAGGGAAGCAGUGAGGAGGAAAUGAGCAGUGGGCUUGGAGACAGCGAUAGUGAAGGCAUGGGCACCUUUGGCAAGGGUGCUCCAAAGCGGAAGAGAACAGUGGCAGGUCACAGUGCCUUCAGAAGGAAAGCUUCAAGGAAGGAAACCCCCCCAGCCACCAAACGAGCAACUCAGAUUUCCUCAGAAGCCAAGAGUACCUUGAGCGCCUUUUCUGCUCCUGCAAAUUCUGAAUCCCAGGCCCACGUCAGUGGAGGAGGCGAUGACAGCGGUGGGCCCACUAUGUGGUAUCAUGAAACUUUAGACUGGCUUAAGCCAGAAAAGAGAAGAGAUGAGCACAGGAGACGGCCCGAUCACCCCGACUUUAAUUCUUCCACACUCCAUGUGCCUGAAGAUUUCCUUAACUCCUGUACCCCAGGGAUGAGGAAGUGGUGGGAGAUUAAGUCUCGGAACUUUGAUCUUGUCAUUUUUUAUAAGGUGGGGAAGUUUUACGAAUUGUACCACAUGGACGCUGUUGUUGGAGUCAAUGAGCUGGGGCUGGUGUUCAUGAAGGGCAACUGGGCCCACUCUGGCUUUCCGGAAAUUGCAUUUGGCCGAUUUUCAGAUUCCUUGGUGCAGAAGGGCUAUAAAGUAGCACGGGUGGAGCAGACUGAGACCCCAGAAAUGAUGGAGGCGCGAUGCCGGAGGAUGGCCCAUGUAUCCAAGUUCGAUCGAGUGGUGAAAAGGGAGAUUUGCAGGAUCAUUACCAAGGGCACACAGACUUACGGGGUGCUGGAAGGCGAGCCCUCUGAGAACUACAGUAGGUACCUUCUUAGCCUUAAAGAGAAGGAGGAAGAUGCUUCUGGUCACACUCGUGUAUAUGGUGUGUGCUUCGUUGACACGUCACUGGGCAAGUUUUUCAUGGGUCAGUUUCCAGAUGAUCGGCAUUGUUCCAGAUUUAGGACACUCGUGGCACACUAUCCUCCUGUACAAAUUUUGUUUGAGAAGGGAAACCUCUCAGCAGAAACCAAAACAGUCCUGAAAGGUUCACUGUCCUCUUGUCUUCAGGAAGGCCUGAUACCAGGUUCUCAAUUUUGGGAUGCCACUAAGACUUUGAGAACACUGCUUGAAGGAGGAUAUUUUCCUGAGAAGUCAGAAGGCAGUGGUGCGGUACUCCCUGAGGUGCUUAAAAGAAUGACCUCAGAGUCAGACUCUGUUGGCCUGACACCAGGGGAGAAGAGUGAAUUGGCCCUCUCUGCUCUAGGUGGUUGUGUUUUCUACCUCAAAAAAUGCCUGAUUGACCAGGAGCUUCUGUCAAUGGCUAAUUUUGAAGAAUACGUUCCCCUGGAUUCUGACACGGUCAUGACAGUAAGACCUGGUGCUCUCUUCACCACAGCCAGUCGGCGAAUGGUACUAGAUGCAGUGACAUUAAACAACUUGGAGAUUUUCCUGAAUGGGACAAAUGGCUCUGCUGAAGGGACCCUGCUAGAGAGGCUCGAUACGUGCCAUACUCCCUUUGGCAAGCGGCUCCUGAAACAGUGGCUUUGUGCUCCCCUCUGUAGCCCCCGUGCCAUCAGUGACCGUUUAGACGCCGUGGAAGACCUGAUGGCUUUGCCUGACAAGGUCGCUGAAGUCGCAGACCUCCUAAAGAAGCUCCCAGAUCUUGAGAGGCUACUGAGUAAGAUCCACAACAUUGGAUCUCCCCUGAAGAGCCAGAACCACCCGGACAGCAGGGCUAUAAUGUACGAAGAAACCACAUACAGCAAAAAGAAGAUCAUCGAUUUUCUGUCUACUCUAGAAGGAUUCAAAGUAGUCUGUAAGAUUAUAGGGCUUAUGGAGGAUGUCGCUGACAGUUUUAAGUCUAAAACCCUCAGGCGGGUUGUUACUCUCCAGACAAAAAAUCCCGAAGGGCGCUUUCCUGAUCUGAGUGCAGAGCUGAACCGAUGGGAUACGGCUUUUGACCAUGAGAAGGCUCGGAAGACUGGACUCAUCACUCCCAAGGCAGGCUUUGACGCCGAUUAUGACCAAGCACUUGCUGACAUCAAGGAGAAUGAACAGAGCCUCCUGGAGUACUUGGAUAAGCAGCGCAGUCGCAUUGGCUGCAGGACCAUAGUCUACUGGGGAAUUGGUAGGAACCGCUACCAGUUGGAGAUUCCAGAGAAUUUUGUUACCCGUAAUUUACCGGAAGAAUAUGAGUUAAAAUCUACUAAAAAGGGCUGUAAACGAUACUGGACCAAAACAAUUGAGAAGAAAUUAGCUAAUCUUAUAAAUGCUGAAGAACGUAGGGACAUGUCUUUGAAGGACUGCAUGAGGCGGCUGUUCCAUAACUUUGCUAAAAAUUACAAGGACUGGCAGUCUGCUAUAGAGUGCAUUGGAGUGUUGGAUGUUUUACUGUGCCUGGCUAACUAUAGUCAAGGAGGAGAUGGUCCUAUGUGUCGCCCAGUAAUUCUGUUACCAGGAGAAGACACACACCCCUUCCUAGAGCUUAAAGGUUCACGACAUCCCUGUGUUACAAAGACUUUUUUUGGAGAUGAUUUUAUUCCUAAUGACAUUCUAAUAGGCUGUGAGGAAGAAGCAGAAGAAAAUGGCAAAGCCUAUUGUGUGCUUGUUACUGGACCAAAUAUGGGGGGCAAAUCUACACUCAUAAGACAGGCUGGUCUUUUGGCUGUAAUGGCCCAGCUGGGCUGUUAUGUACCUGCUGAAGAGUGUCGGCUCACACCGGUAGAUAGGGUGUUUACCAGACUUGGUGCCUCAGACAGGAUAAUGUCAGGUGAAAGUACAUUUUUUGUUGAGUUGAGCGAAACUGCUAGCAUACUUAGGCACGCAACAGCACAUUCUUUGGUGCUUGUGGAUGAAUUAGGAAGAGGCACUGCAACUUUCGAUGGGACAGCCAUAGCCAGUGCAGUUGUCAAAGAACUUGCUGAAACUAUAAAGUGUCGAACAUUGUUUUCUACACACUAUCAUUCAUUAGUAGAAGACUAUUCUAAAAAUGUUUCUGUGCGCCUAGGACACAUGGCUUGCAUGGUAGAGAACGAGUGUGAGGACCCCAGCCAGGAGACUAUCACCUUCCUCUACAAGUUCAUCCAGGGAGCGUGUCCCAAGAGCUACGGCUUCAAUGCAGCAAGGCUGGCCAAUCUUCCAGAGGAAGUCAUUCAAAAGGGACACAGGAAAGCAAGAGAAUUUGAGAAGAUCAAUCAGUCAUUACGACUAUUUCGGGAAGUUUGUCUGGCUAGUGAAAGGCCAACUAUAGACGCUGAAGCUAUCCAUAGGCUGCUGGCUUUGAUUAAGGAAUUGUAGACUACAUUGGAAGCUGAAUUGACUUGACAAAGGUGGUAAAUUCAGACAACAUUAUGAUCUAAUAAACUUUAUUUUUUAAAAAUGA